CAGGCAGCAAGCCGAUAUCGGAAUCAGUCGAGAUUGGUCAAGAUGGAAGGCGCUCGGGACUGAUGACGGCUCGCAGUAUGGAUUUUGCCGCGUGAUUCGCGUGUGAUUUCGCCGCAGACAUUUCUCCCGUGGAACGAGAGCAGAAGAGAAACAGAGAGAAAAAGAGAGAGAGAGAAAGAGAAAAGCGGCCGUCGGCGGCAGCGGACAAACAACACACACAUUCGUUUGACGGAUGCUGCAAAUGGUGUCGCGACGUGGUGAGCCGGGCGUACGAACGCGGUAAUGAGAGAAGCAUCACAAAACAGUGCCGUAACGGAGCCAGGCUUUUACAAUGGUGGAUAACAGUUGCAUCAUCGAGGGAAACGUCAAAUUUCGCGAUGGCAAGAAGUGGAAAUCAAGAUGGUGCGUUAUGCGGAAAUUGUCACCAGUAGCAGAUUGCUUGCAUUUGCAACUUUACGGGGAUAGCAAGGAUCGUUACAAACAAGGCCAAACAAAAGCAUCUCUAAGUUUGCAGCAUUUUCUCGGAGUGGAGAGUGGUUUUACUCUUGACAAGGAGUCCAAUACGAUUGCUAUAAUUUGCCAGGAUGUGACGGUCGUUCUUGCGUUCGACACGCGAGAGCGAUUGAUACAAUGGCAGGUUAAAAUUUCAAACAACUUAGGAGAAGAUCAGCAAUUUUUGAUACUCAUCUCCUCAGUACCGUCAAAGGCGAAGUUUACUAAUGGGCCGGCGCACUUGCACAUUCAGGACUGUCGUUUCUGCAUCACCGUUGGCGUGCCUCCCCGACUUGUCGGUAUCUGGGAGAUCGCGCAUCUCCGACGAUACGGUGUAGUCGAGGGUAGAUUCUGCUUCGAGGGCGGUUCGAGAUGCGGCCGGGGAGAAGGACUGCACGUUUUAAUAACUGAUCAAGGAGAUGAUAUAGUAAAGACUCUGCAGUUAGCAGCCGAGGGAAAGCUCAGCACAAAGAAACGAUCACCACAUGGUAGAGAACAAUCGGCGAUGUCGCAGGAUAGUCCGGGACGGCGUCAGUAUUCCCGCAACGACACUAGAGCAAGCGAUUUCUUUCCUUCAGCUAUCACAUAUUCGACGUCAACGUAUGAAGAACAAUGUGACAGUUGCAAGAAUGAGAACUCGCCGUAUUGGUCGUCUGCCGAGAGCAGACAGCAGACAGAGCUCGAUGGUGAUUACAGCUGCAGGGAUACUGUGUCCGUCUCGGAACUGGCCGAUCAGCCAAGUGGUGAUUGGCGCAGUUGUUCGCUCACUCGUCAGGGUGCAACGGGUCUCGAGAGAUGCGUCAGUUGCAUUAGCAAGCUUGGCACUGUCUCGAAAUCGUCGACUUUAAUUACUACAGCUAUGAGUGGCAUAAGCAGUCCUGCCACUGGCACAUUGAACAAUCUAGGAUGUAACUUGCAGCCCCGAACCUUCGAUCGACUCUCACUGUCUUCUUAUAGCAGUAGCAGCCACGACAGCGAUUAUUCAGGUUCGCAACAAAUCGAAUGCCAAUGCGCACAAUCGAAAACCGCCCAGUCUCAGACGGCACAAACAACCGCUCGUCGAAUGUCACCGAGUCCGAGCGCGUUGCCACCGAGACCGCCGAAACCGUCCCAACCACCGUCACUGUCAACAACCAGCCAGCCCACCGUCACUGCCAAAAAGCCUAAGAAACCACCGAUGCCACUGCCCACCGAACAACAAACUUGCGUGCACUCACGGAAGUCACAACAGGUUCAACCAUUGCAACAACAGCCUAAACAACUCGUGAAUCGUGGUGCCACAGGACCUUACGAGAAUUAUGAUGUUCCCAAAACGAUUCUGGGACAUCACAUGCUGCUGGAGCAAGGUCCGCAACCGGAACAGUAUUACGACACUCCAAGAAAAAUAAAGGAGUGUCUCACGAUGCCGAAAUCGUAUCCUAAUUACGACACGCCUCAGGUUCCGCAGGCUGUGGUUCUGCAAGAAUGUGGAUGUCCCGCGAAACUUACAGUCCAAUCACCCAGAUCUUCGGGAUGUCCCUGUCACAAUGUCAUGAGCUGGGCCGGCUUUGUUCUGCCUUACUGUCGACGUGGCGCAGGAAUCGAACCCACCGGUGUCACGGUUCAUCCCGUGAAGCUCUCGGGUGAAGGCAAGAUGCCGGUAGUGAACGCUAGUGGUGAAGUUUCCAUUUACGCCACUGCCAGAAGAACAAAUAAGACCGAAUCGGUCGACGAAAACGCUACCGCGAAGAGUUGCAGUACUUAUACUAUAGCAAGCAAAUCGAACAAUUACGAAAACGUCGAACCGGUAAUAGAUGCGCAACCGGAAUCGAAGCAAGCGAAUUACGUGAAUAUCGAUUUCACGCAAUCACUGGAGCACUACGAAAAUAGCAAAGACGUUUUAACAAAAAGCAGCAUCUCGCAGGAGGAGAUUGAAAAAUUCGCAGAUCAAUUGAAGGAACCGGCACCUGAAGCAUCGAGCGACGACGCUCCGAAAAUUUGUGAGAAAUGCGGUCACGCCAAGGAAAGAGAGAACGAGUAUCUAGUUAUGAAUCUGGACAAGGAGGCCCCGAAGAAACCAUUUGCCGGUUAUCUGCCGAUGCAACCGGCUCACAAUGCCUGUUCGAAGGAGAUCUUGUCCCGACUCUGCAGCGGAAUCAAGAGCUCCAGUAACCCGACGUUGUCAGGAUCGGCGUUGCUUGAGGGCAGCAAAAAACGAUCCGACUCCGAAUACCGUGUACCAGGAUCGGCGAUGUUGUCUAGUCCGUACCUCAGGCGUCGUUAUCUGGACGCAGGUAAUGUCAUGGAGUCCAGUGGUAGUAUAGGCAUACUUCUCAGGAAACGAUCUUACUCCGCGGAAUCCGCGCAUUACCUGGACGACGAGAGCCACACCUUUCCGUCCACACUUACCAUCCACAAGUGUUCAAGCGAAGCGGAUAAGAAUUCACUGAUGACCAGCGGCGAACCGCACAGCUCGUGCGUGAACUCCGAGAGCAAGAUCAACAGCAGCAACCACGAGAACGGUCAAAUAUUAACGGCUGCGACGCAACCGUCAUUCAUCAAGAUCCGACGCUCGUCGUCUGUACCAUCCAAGACUGGUCACAACAGAGACUCGUCGAGCAGCAACGAUUCUGGCGUCUCUACCGGCUCGUUGAGUCACAGAACAGCGGAGUUUGUGGAAUUUGAAUUAUCCUUAGCAGCACCUGCCGCUUCGACGAUGAAGCAGAACAUGUUGUCGGUUUGCCGCAAGAGUCCGCCACCUACGUGUUAUCACAGCAGCUUGCCGAGAAAAUCCAAGUCCAGCGAUCCUUUGCGAGAGAUCUCUUUUCAGUUCCAGAAGAUCAAGAUUCCGACGAAAUCCUCGUCCGCGGAGGCCGAUAUACCCACGUGUUUGCCAAAGGCCACGAAGGGCUUCAACAGUCCUGGCGAGGUCUCGAAUGCGCCGUACAUCGAUUCGCGCAGUACCAGCAGCGGCACUUCCGAUAUGUCCGAUUACAUCGAAACAUUGUCGUUGUCGUCACACUCGUCGUCCGAUACUCCCGACGGUCUCAGACUAGGAGGUAGAGCAGUAGCAACGACCCUUCGACCUCGUAGCGGGAAAGAAUACUAUAAGAUUGAUCGAAGUAUUCUGGUAGAGCAGGGACGGAUUCUCACUACGGCAUCUGCUAAUUACGCGAAUAUCACCCCAGUGCUAGAAAAGAGCGAGUCACCGUCACCUGGUUACAUGAGUAGUUCACCUUUUGAACAACCACAACCUACUCGUGAGCACUUUCUAUUCCCUGAAGUAAGUACGACAGCGUAUAAUGUGGGAUAAAAUUAUGUUUGGAUUAAAGAAUUUCUGUAACACUUGCAAUAUAAUAUUACGUUUAAUAUAAUUUUACGUUUUCCUUUUUAUAGGAAGCUUAAACGUAAAUAAAAUUGUCCGGGAAAGAGUUAAAAAAAAAAAAAAACAAAAAACAAAAAAACCUUGAAGUUCCUAGGAAUUCCAAGCAAGAUGGGUAAGAGUAUUCACGGUAGAAAUUUAUAUAAUUGGGGCAUUGUGACUAUUUACACUAUACGCGGAUAUCUGGGGCUACAUACUUUCGAAAUACCUGUCGUCCGACACGUACCAAUAUCGUAGUAUAGCAUGCCAAAUGACCGUAUUAGAUAUAAUCAAAAAGUUUAUAAUUCUAAGAACAACAGAGAAACGCUCUUUAAUCCAAAUUUCGAACGUUUGUUUUUAUUGAUGUUUUCGUGAAGUCUUCCUUUAAAGAGCACAAUCGUAAUCAAAAAAAAAAAUAAAAAAAAAAAUAAAAAAAAAAAUAAAAAAAUGUAGAGAGAAAAAAAGAAAUUUACUAGGUACUAGCGUAUAGUCGAAAUAACGUCAGUAAUCAAACACUUCCUACAACGACUCAAACAAUUUCUAAAAUAUGCUCAAUAAGAAAACUAAAUAGUUUGUAUAGUAAGAAUCCUGCCCUAGAGUAAAAGAUAUACAUCGUAUACUUUAUAUGAGUGUAUCGUUUUUUAAAUACUUUUUUAUUUUGUAUGAGUAUGUACUUUUCUAUAUAGACUAUUAUGUGUGUACACAACACACAAUCAUCUUUGGGAAAAAAAUGAAUGAACUGUUAUAAUAACUCUUAGAAUUUCAAGUCGGAGUUCUUGAAAUUUUAUGGAUUAAUGAAAGAAAUGUCAGGGUGUAAAAAACACAGAAUCGCAAUAGCGUACUUAUCUGUUUAAAAAAAUUUUAAAUUGAGAAAAUAUUAGAUCGCACUUUUUUUUGUCUACUCUUCGGAAACUGGAAACGUAUCGAAAAUUUUUAGAAGUUAACAUUACGCAAAAUUAAUUCCAAUGUGAGAAAUUGGUAAAGCAAGAAAAACGCGUGCGAUCGACCUAGUCGAUUGUCCGUGCUAUGAAGUUUUGAGAACUCGUAUUUGGAAAAUACAAAAUUAUAAAAGAUCGUUUGUCUGUACUGGUUAGAUAUUACCUAUCCAUAUAUUCUGUACAACCAAAAAGUGCGCUGAGCAUAGUCAGUCGCAUAGCAUUCACAGGGUUUUCACACUUAUACAAGUUACUUUCUAACGAUUAAGAAUAAAAAUAUUGCAGCCUUUUACGGUCUUCUUUCUAAUGAGAUGGCAUAUGGCAAAUACCAUAGUCUCUAGGCAAUCAAGAGUGGUAUUAUAUAUAGAUAGUAAAGAAACGAAGUGUACGAAACAAUGUAAAAAUCUAGAUAUUUCAGAAAUUUUGAUAUUUCUCAAUGAUACGUUUCCGAUUUUUAUUUACGAUACAUGCUGUAUCGUGUCGCAGAUAAAUAUAUCUUCUUUUUUUUUCUUAUACCUUUCGAUCUCGCUUUAUUUAUAAUUAGAUACGCGUAGGCGUGUAGUGACAUAACUAUAUACAAUUAUUUCUAUUUGUUUGUUUUUUUUUAACUAUUUCUAUUUCAGUUGUUAUUGCAUUAUGUACUUAAACAUAGUUCAUAUAUUUAAUUCUUUCAUUGUGAUUAGUGCGUGCUAUAUAUACACACA